AUGGUAAUUCCUGGGGCACGGGUGGGCACCGGGUGGGCUUCGGGAGCGACAGCACAGGGAGGUGCAAAGGCUGAGGUGAGCGUGAAGGUGUGCAAAAGCAGGUAUGAAGGUGAAGGUGGAGGUAGGUGCGAAGGCAGAUGUGAAGGUAGAGGUGGAGGAGGGUUCAAAACAGGUGUGAAGGUGGAGGUGGUUGUGAAGGUGGAUGUGAAGACAGGUGUGAAGGAGAAGGAGGGUGUAAAGGUAGAUGUAAAGGUGGAGGUGGAGGAGGGUGCAAAGGCAGGUGUGAAGAUAAAGGUGGAGGUGGAUUCGAAGGCAGGUGUGAAGGUGGUUUUGAAAGUGGAUGUGAAAGCAGGUGUGAAGGUGAAGAUGAAGGAUGCCGGAUCGCUGGAUGCUGCAGUGCAGAGUGCCCUCCAGGCUCUCUACCCUCCCUUCGAAGCCACAGCCCCCACUGUCCUUGGCCAGGUGUUUCGGCUGCUGGAGACCAGCUACCAGGGUGAUGGGCUCUGUUGCCUGCUCCAGUUCCUCAUCCCAGCCAAGCGGCUCUUCGAGCGCCUGCGGCAGGCAGCCUGUGCUCCCUACUUUAACCGCAUCUUUCUUCACGAAGGCUGGCCCUUGUGUCUGCAUGAGAAGGUGGUUGUGCACCUUGCGCCACUCAACCCCCUCCUGCUGCGCCCUGGGGACUUCUACCUGCAAGCAGAGCCCUGUGAGGAGCAGACAGCACGUGUCACCAUCAAGCACCUUUCUGCAGACCUGCGCUCGGUGGAGGAGACGCCAGUCCCUGAAGCUGCCCAUGCACUGCUCUUCACCGACGCGUGGCUGGAGGAGGUGAAUGGCAGCCGGGCUGGGGCCACCCUGCACACCUGCCUGGUGGCCACAGAGAACGGUGUCACACCACUGCCAUGGAGCCGGAUUGCCACACCAGAGUUCACUGAUGAGCCCAGGGCUGGAGCUGACAGUGUGCCUGCGAGUGCCCAGCAUGAACCUGCUCCUGAUGCUGCACCUGAGCCACCAGCACCCAGUGCACCCAUGUCCCAUGGCACAGUGAACAUCCAGGCACACUAUGGCAACGUCGCGGGCACCAUCCCAGGCUGCAAGGUCACCUCUCGAAGGUCGAGCCAGGGGCGAUACCCAGGACUGAUCAAGGUGGAGCAGACUGGGCUGCGGAAGAAGCCAGCCAUGCUGGCUGUGCCCAGUCUCUGUGAUAUCAUCAGCCAGAACCUGGAGGGGGAGUAUGUGAACCUGCUGGAGCAAUCCCAGGAGCAGCUGAACCUUCUGGCCAGGUCCUUGCUGCCUACCUGCCUGCCGGGGACGAUGCAGGCUGGGGCUGAGGUGAUGCUUCCCUGGGUGAAUGGGGAACCAGGGGCAGAUGCCUGGCCCUGCGAGGGCACACUGAGCUCAGAGGAGAGUCCCUGCAGCCCGUGCCUGGGGAGGAAGCUGAGCCAGGAUCUGGGGCCACACAGCCCAAGGUGCCGUCAACGUGAUUCCUACCUGGCUGCACUACAGAACCCGGUGAGCUUCGGCUCCGGUCUGAUGUCAGCCAUCCUGGAGGAACCGGAUGGUCCCAGCUCCAAGUUGCCCCCUGCCACCCCCUGUGAGACCCCUGUGCAGCACAGGAAAGGAGCAAGCAGCCCCACGCUCCUCACCCGCCAGCCCUGCCGAGCGAGUCCCGGGGUGCUGGCAGAGGCAUUGGCACAGCGGGGCAGCUCCCGGCUCCCCCCAAGCUCCAACCACAAGUUCUCCUUCCUGAAGGGCACGCGGCUCGGAGCAGCCCCCGGGGAUGAAAGAGCCACCAGCCAGCACGAGGGGGCCUGGAAGAAGAUGUCGGCCAUCUACUCACCCAGGAUGGGCAGAGCCAGGGCAGCUGGGAAAGGUACGAAUGCAGCCGCUGCUGCCCGCAUGGAAGAACGGUCCCUGGAAAGUGCCAGCUGCAAGAAUGGUCCCUCUGAGCCCAGCACUGGCAUCACUGGCCGGGAUCCACCAGCCUGGCAGGAUCUGCACUCUGGGCUGCUGCGCUCAGGCAUCAUCUGCCUGCCAGGGAGCUCAGACAGGCUGGGCAGGGCCCUCCUCCUGGUGACCACCAGUGGCAGUGCCUGGGGGGCUGCGUGGUGUUCGUCUGCUGAGCUGGCGAGGCUCAUCCUCUACCUCUGCUCCCUCCCCAGGCGAGAAGCAAAGGACAUUGGGCUGAUGGUUGUGGUGGAUGCCAGGAAGCAGCCGCCUGCUCCCGUCCUGUUCUCGGCCCUCCGCUCUGUCCAGGUGCACCGGGCUCUGCAUGACUGUGCUGUAGACAUGCCGAGGAGCGUCUCACCGGGCUGCAUCCACAGUGUGCUGCUGCUGGCCGAGAAGGAGCUGGUUGCCCAACGCGAGAGGCUGCCUGGGGUGCAGAUGGAGACCCUGACAUCGCUGAAGGCUCUGGGCCGCCACGUCGACAGCUCCCAGCUGCCCCCGGAGCUGGACGGCGCCUUCCCCUACUGCCACGGCGAGUGGGUUCAAUUCUUCCAGAAGCUGCAUCCCUUCACAUCUGGCCUCAGGCAGGCAUCAGAGCUGCUGCAGUGCUGCAUCCAGGAGCUGCGGAGCACCGAUGCACUGGCAGGAACACAGGACGUGGCUGCAGGCAUCAGGAGGCACCAGGAGCUGAUGCAGAAGGUGCUGAGUGACCCUCAGCUGGUGCGGGUGCAGCGUGAGGGAGGGUUCGUGCUGGCCAGGCUGCGCAGGGAGGCUGCUCGUCUCCACGCCUCCGACCAUGUCAGGACUGGCAUGGAGUCAGCCGAGGGGCUGUACAGCCGACUGGAAGAAGAACUUCACGAUCUAGUGUCCCAAUCCAACAGCUGCCUGGAGCGCCUGGAGUUCCUCCGAAAGCUGGGGUGCUGGCUGGAUGGGGAGGCAGCGGCGUGGCUGCAGGAGGUGGGCACUGAGGAUUGGAGCUCCAACAGCUGCCAGGGCUCUGCCAAGCACUUCAACGAAUUCCUCGCCCAGGCCACAGCUCAGUACCGGCAUGGCCUGACCCUGUGCCAGGAGGCAGCUGAGGUCCAAGAUGCAGCAUUCCCCGAGGCAGAUGCCUUCCAGGUGGCUGCAGCCCUUUUCCGGACCAAGCUGACAAGCUUCUCCAAGCAGCUGGAGAGGCGGCAGGCAGAGCAGGAGCUGCUGCAGGAGCUCAACCAGUUCUCCAGCAAGGUCAUGGGACUGAAGCUGGACUGCCGGCAGUGCUCGGCCCGGGCGCAGCGUGGGGAGGGCCAGGCACUGCGGUGCCUGCAGAGAUCCUUCCAGAAGCUCUCGGUGGAGUUCGCCCUGGAGAAGCUGCAGGAGAUGAAGGCUCAG